AUGCCUCUUCCUCGCUACUCACUAGACGACGGCGGCGAUGGGGACGAAGAGUUCGAGGAGUCGUAUACGUCCAACGCGGGUGCAUCUUCGUCUCGUCUCGCACCGACGUCUUCGCCGCCGCCAGGUGCCGGUGGAUUGAGCAACAACUACUCGCAAACACCCUCCGUCUCUGGCGGUCGCUCGACAUCUCCAUCUUUAUCCGCGUACGAUGCGCCGUCGAGCCUCGAUAUCGAUGCGCUGCUCGAAUCGGAUCGUCGCACAGCAGCGCACAAGGGGCAGCCGAGCGCUGCACCGACAGGCUGGCCGUACGGGGCAGCCUCGCCUGUUGCCCGCCUCAGCGCGUUCGAGCAGCUGACCCUGUUCAUGGCAACACAAAAAGCAGCUCCCGAACUGCUGCCGUUCCCCACAGCCCCCUUCGACCUGCUGGUCGGACAAAUGGAACAGCAACAGUCCAUCUUAGACUCGCUGCUACAUCUCUCGCAUAUCCCUGCCGCGGGAAUUGAGGUAGAGGAGGCGGAUGGAGCCCCGGCAGAUGGUGCAGGAGGAGGAGGCGUGGACGAAGACGAAUACCUGCGGCUCAACUUGGUGCAGGUGGAUCUGGAGAGGUGCAAGUGGCUGUUAAAGCAGAUUGUGCGGUCGAGAAUGGAUUUGCUGCAGAAGUAUGCAGCGUUCGUGGUGGGCAGGGCGAGCGAGAAGGCCAAGUUGAACGCUACGGAAGCGCGGUUUGUUGACCAAUUCUGGCAGCUCAAAAAGGAUCACUUCCACUCGGCAGUCCUGGGCUAUCUACCAGAACAAUUACACGACCUCAACACAGGCCAGCCGACCGACCAGGACACCCUCUCGCAACAGGACGCCCAGCAGCCGAGCAACAGCAGCAACAUGGAUCUGGACGCACCCGUCUUCAUCCGCUGUCUGCAGGAUUGCGGGUCGAUCGCGCUUCCCGACAACGAAAAGGCAACGCUCAGCGCAGAGUCGGUGCAUCUGCUGCGAUACAGGUCGAUACGCCAUCUGGUGUUCCAAGGCUUGGUCGUGCUGCUGUAG